AUGACCACGCACCCUCCUUCCCCGCCCCCGCAUACCCGGCAGGGCGAGCGUUCUCGCGAAGAAGGCCGGGAGAUCAAACUCCUGCACUUCAUUUACGAACAACCCAACCUGGAUGACAUCAGUGGACACCCAGAAAAGGUACUCGACCUCAUCGAGAAAUUUGAAGAGGAUUACCACUUGGUGACCGUCGGUGUGCCAAAGGGCAAGAUUGUGACCGAUCUGAUCAACGAAGUGAGACCGAAGACCAUGAUUGAGCUCGGGUGCUACGUGGGGUACUCUGCCAUCCUCUUCGGCGACGCGGUGCGUCGCAAUGGGGGCGAGCGCUAUCUGAGUCUGGAGCUGAACCCAGAGUUUGCAGCCAUUGCGAACAUGCUCGUUGACUUGGCUGGUCUGCGCGACUUUGUACGCAUCAUUGUGGGCCGCAGCGACCUGUCGCUGGACAAACUAUACCGUACCGGCGAGGUGAAGACGAUCGAGCUCAUGUUUAUUGACCACUACAAGCCGGCCUAUACCACAGACCUCAAGCUCUGCGAGCAUCACGGCAUGAUUGUUCCUGAAUAUGUGCGGUCGACGGUCCAGCAGAAGCGGGAGGCCGAAAAGGAAGGACCCAAGAAGGAAUACAACACCGCGGGUAUCCGAGAACGAGCCAUCCAGUCGUACAUGCCCAAGAAUGCGACGCCGAUCUUCGAAGUGGUUGGGAACCCGAACAUCGUAUACAAGAGCGAGCUGCAUCAGCCCGAGGGGGAACAGGAUGCAAUUGAAGUGUCGCGAUGUGUGGCGAUCGAGGAAACCUCCAACAUCUAG